CUUGUUGGGCCGAAGGGCCUGUUUCUACACUGUAGGGAAUCAUCUAAUCUCAAUGAUCGGGGAGAUGGCAGCCUUCUAUAUCAGUUAUUUCUUCACUGUGGGUCAAAAUCCUGGAACUCCCUCACUAACAGCAUUGUAGAUGUACUUGCACCAAAUGGACUCCAGCAGUUCAUGAAGGUAGCUUAACGGCACCUUCUCAAGCGCAACUAGGGGUGGGCAAUAAAUGUUGGCCCAGCCAGUGAUGCCAACUUCCCAUGAAUUAAUAAUAAAAAUAAUUCUCUGUAUAUCUAGCUAAUAUCUUAAAUCUGUGAUCUGUAAUAAUAAGUUAAGGUGAACUUGUUUUCAAUAUUAACUCUUAUUUAAAGGUAUCAUAAACUUGUAUACCUCAUUCAUAUCUGCCACUUGGUCUCUUUUCCAGAGAUAACAGCCUGGGUUUCUCCAACCUCGCAUUCUGAGUCCAUGUUUACCAACUAAUUUGUUCCACGUCUGAACUCCCUGAACAACUUGCUGAUAACGAAAGUGGAGGAAGUGCAGUCAGGAAACUCAAAUCAAACAUCACACCAGGAUCUGACAGUUACUCAAACUAUCACAAUCUGAAUAUCAUUGGAUUUUGAACAAAGAAGGGAAGAACACCAACCACAGUGGGGGGGCGGGGGGAAGAAAAACUAAACAUGUGUAUUCUAUAUUCAGCCAGUCAACCGGAAUGUCAAGGCACAAAUGUAUCUGAGAAGCCAUAGAAAUGUGGGAACUGUGAGAAGGAAUUCAGUUACUCAUCUGAGCAGGAAUCUCACAGGUGCAGUCACUGGAGAGAAAUUAUUCACCAGUUCCACACGUGGGAAGCAUUUCACGCUGUUGUCCUCUCUGCUGGGUCACCAAUGAAUUUACAGCAAAGAUAGAUCUUUUAAAUGACCAGAUUGUGGGAGCUCCCAUAGAAGUUUUGGGGAACUGAUGUCUCAUCAAUCUGUUCACACUGAUGAGAGACCAUUCAGGUCCUCUCAUUGCGGGACUCAGUGCAGGCAAUCAUCUGAACUCAUUAUUCACAAGCGAACUCAAACUAGGGAGAGACCAUUUACCUGCUCAGAGUGUGGGAAGGGAUUCACUCAGUCGUCCACGCUGCUAAGACACCAGCAACUUCACACUGGGGAGAGACCAUUCACCUGCUCCGAGUGUGGAAAGGGAUACACUCAGCCAUCGGAACUUACUCUUCACCAGCGAAUUCACACUGGUGAGAGACCAUUCACAUGCUCCAUGUGUGGGAAGGGAUUCACUCAGUCGUCAACCCUGUUGAGGCACCAACGAGUUCACACUGGGGAAAGACCGUUUACCUGCUCAGAGUGUGGGAGGGGAUUCACUCAGUCAUCUGACCUACUAAUUCACCAGCGAGUUCACACUAAGGAGAAACCGUUCACCUGUUCAGAGUGUGGGAAGGGAUUCACUCAUUCAUCCACCCUGCUGAUACACCAGCGAGUUCACACUGGGGAGAAACCAUUCACCUGCUCUGAUUGUGGGAAGGCAUUCACUCGGUCAUCCUAUCUGUUGACACACCAGCGCAUACACACCGGGGAAAGACCAUUCACUUGCUCCAAGUGCGAGAAGAGAUUCACUCGGUUAUCCAACUUGCUGACACACCAGCGAGUUCACACUGGGGAGCGACCAUACAUCUGCCCAGAGUGUGGAAAGGGAUUCACUGAUGCAUCCAACUUGCUGAGUCACCAGCGAGUUCAUACUGGCGACAGACCUUUCAAAUGCACAGACUGUGGGAAGUGCUUUCAGUGUUCUAGGGACUUGACACGCCAUCAACGUGUUCACACUGAUGAGAAGCCAUUCAGAUGUUCUCACUGUGGAGCUGGGUUCAGGCGAUCAUCUAACCUCAUUGUACACCAGCGAAUUCACACUGGGGAGAGGCCGUUCACCUGCUCCCAGUGUGCAAAGGCAUUUACUCACUCAACUGCCCUGCUGAGACACCAACGUGUUCAUGAAUAACUGCAGUGUUUAGAAUUUGCAGUUAAUCAUGUCCAAGCCAAAGUAUGUUUAUUGGAGUCCAUUUCUGUUCAUGUUAAUAAAUUCCAGUCCAGUUGUAAGGAUUAAUAUCCUGGAUAAAUGUCAAACACAUUUGGCUUGGUGUUAGACCCAUAGUGUGUCGAAUCUUUGUAAUAUAUCUUUAGUUGCUCUUGAAGGGCACUCCUCCGUACAUUCUCCAUCUUCACCUCCACCAAUAAUUGUGAGGAGCUCAUGAACUCUUUGUCAGAAAGAUUGAGCCCAGCUGAUAGCGAUCUCUGCUGCUAUCCUUCCUGAAACACAAAGGGCCAAAAUUGCCUCUAAACUCAAAGCUUUCUCCAAGCAACCUUCAGCCACACUAGCCAGCCCCCACUGGAUGGCGAUGGUUUGGAUUCUCUGAUGGUGCAGCUGUGCACCCAUUCGUCUGCUCUAGAAGUCAGUGAUUGUCCAACUGACAUCAGCGCCGAGUUCACGCUAGGGAGAGAUUUGCCUUUUUUAAAAUUUGAUUUAUUGUUGUCAUGUACCUAAGUAUUGUCAAAAAUUUUGUUUUGUGAGCAGUACGUACCAGAUCAUGUUGCAUAAGGAGGUACAGAUCAUAGGGUGUUUAGCUUGCUUCAUGUGUGUGUGGGGGCAGAAUUCAUUUAUGUGACUGGCAUAUCAGUUAGUUCACACAGAUGAAAGACCUUUUAAAAUCAGGAUUGCAGAAGGGGUUAAACGCUCUCCAUAGAGCUGAUUUGAUAUUAAUUCAUUCACGCUGACAAGAGAUUGUUCAGCUACUCCCACUAAAGGACUGAGCUCAGGGGAUUGUGUGAUAUCGGUAUCCAGCAGCAUUUUCACACUGGGGAGAGAACAUUCACUUGUUUUAUGUACCCAGUCAUCCCACCUCCAAACACUUGACCACACUUUUUUUUGAAAAAGGUUUUCAACAUUCUGUAUGCAGAUGUUUAAAAAUAAAAUGGACUAGCUGACAUAGUAACAUAUCCACACGGGCUGUUCAUAUGCUCCAUGCGCGGGAAGAAGUUUACUCAAUCAUCUCAGCUCCUGGCACAACACUGAGUGACUACAGGAGUUGUAUUCUGGUGUGACUGGUGCUGUUCAUCACAUCAUGUUUAUUUUUACGGUUUGAGUUGGCUUCUGUUGAUGUUAAUAAUUCCAAUAACUGGGCUGCAGUUCAGCAUCUUGAUAAAUGCCAAAUCAAUAAUCUUUGGUGUAAACACAGUAUUUUUGGAAUUGUGUCUUCUGCAGUUAUUGUUUAAGGCAAAUCUGAUGAUAGGAUUGUGUAGCAGGAACAGGAUUUAAGCCUGGACACUGUCUUACACUGCCACGUUGAGAGGGACAGAUAUCAUUUUAGUCUUUUUCAUCUGUCUUUGCUGACAGAAAAGUCUCCCUCUGAGUUAAUUCUGAGGUACACAAAAAAAAUGUUCCAGUUGCUCUGGUUCAGAUUCUGUACACAGAAAGAAGCUCCGUUACAGCUGUAAAGUCCGAAAGAACUAUGUGAAUGCUAGAAACAAGCUGUCGAAUCAGUGAUCUGUCGAUGGCAAAACAGUGAUCUGUUCCUCGCUGAAAGUUAAACAGCAAACGUUUCCAAUCUGAAAAUAACUGUGGUGCUAUAAUGUGCAGAUAUUAUGUAAUAAAAUUUUGCAAAAUAAAACUGUUCUUUUUAAAAAUCGAACACAGUAGACCAUAGCUGGGUUGCUAAGGGACAUCUGAUUUUUACAACUACAGUGAAUGUGAAGCUCCAGAAAGCUUGCAAAUGAAUUACAAAGAGAGGCUUUCAAAACAUGGAGAACUUUGAAAUUCAGUGGACAUUUCCACGAGGGUAAACUAAAAACUCAUUGAUUCAAUGGUUUCUCUUCAAAGGCAAAAGUAUUAACUUGUAAGGACUUAAGGUGUGAAAAGCCUUGGCCUCUUUGAAAUUUGUAGACAAUCAAAGAAUUCAAAACAGGAAUCAGAUUAUGACAUGCUUUUGGAAACAUGAUAUGAUAUUCUGAGUUGCAUAUCAAAGCUAUUGAAAAGACAGGAAAAGCUGCCUGUACUGAGGGGAGGUGACAAUGAUGCAAUUGCUAGACAAUUAAUCCAGACACCCAGGUAAUGAUAGGGGGAGGGGGGGUGCGCAAUUCCACGCCAGCAAAGCCCACAUCCCUUCAGAGACACUGCACUUAAUUCAAACACUAGACCUGAAUCAAGCGAUUUACUUCAAUUCACAUUGGUCCAUGUAUGUAUGAAGAUUGUAUAAUUUGCUCAUUAAAUAACCUUCAGAGCAAGAGUGUGAAAUAAAUUAUUUUUAAGCACAAAAGGCUUUGCUGCUGGAUGUUUAAAUAUUAAAUUGAUGUGCUCAAUGGCAGGAAAUGUACAUGCUUAUGUAAAAAUACAUUGUUCACGUGUGACAAUGUUUUGAGCAGUUUCAACAGUGACUUUAUACUGUAUCCACCAUUUUAAUGCAGAUGUUAACUCAUAACUUGCUUGAAGUAAUAUAGCAGGAGGGUGUUUUAACAGCUGUUUGGUACAAAUAAAUAUUCCUUCAGCCACAUCACGAACUCCAAAUAGCCUGGGCCAAUGAAAUUCAUGUUAUGUAUGAUGGGAUCUUGACAGCACUUGGUUUUUACCAUCAAAGUUGAACCUCCUCCAUCCCCACACUCUCAAAUCAACAGAUGAAGUGUA